AAAGCACAGUUUUCGUACGGUACUCGUACUCGUACUGACAUACUGUACUGUACAGCACAAAAACAGAAGCAGUUGCCUCAACUCUGCCUGAUUUUGAUGGGUGAGACAUCGUGUUGUCUAUCGAAGGACACAGCCGUCUCUGGAAUCUCCAGCUAGAAAAAAUGAACAUUGCCACAGGAACGAGAAGCAGCAAAUUCCUGCUGCAGCGAUCCCGGUCGUCGUCUAGCAUUGUUGCAACCACAGGAGGAACGAGGACACCAGAAAGCUCGGCCGGGGCGAAGGAGAAGCGAUCGACGAUUCGAUCGRUGGAUCGGUCCACGGCACGGCUUUCGCGAGCUCUUUUCUUCUGGACGACCUGUUCUUGCGUGCACUGCUUCUCGGCAACGAACYCCCCCCCGAUGGGUGGAUCCUUUUCUUUGUCCGGUUCGAUUGGACCGAAACGGACGGCUGGCACGACGCUGCUUCGUCCGGCUUGGUCCCGUCACGGGAACCGCAACGAUGGCAAUUUGGCCUUGUCUUCUCUUUUUGCCCCCCGCACCGCGGCAACGAUCUACAGACAAUCGACACGGAACACCAAGAGGUUCUCUUCCUCCUCGUCCAGCAGCAGCAGCAGCAGCAGCAGCAGCAAAGACAACGAAGACAAACUCUCCGCGGAGGUCCUGGCGGACCAGCUUUCCAAGUCGAGGUAUUCGAAGAUUGUUGCGCUGGUCGGUGCGGGCGCCAGCUGUUCCGCCGGCAUCCCCGACUUUCGCACCCCCGGAACGGGUCUSUACGACCAGCUGAGCGAAUACAACCUCCCGUUUCCGGAAGCCAUCUUCGAUCUGGGCUACUACAAGAAGAACCCGAUGCCCUUYGUCGACCUGUGCAAGGCAAUCUGGCCCGGGCAAGAAUCGGGCCCCAAACCGACCCUCUCGCACAAUUUUCUCAAGCUGCUGGAGGAGAAGGACCUCCUGCACCGGAUCUACACCCAGAACAUCGACGGGCUGGAGGCCCUGGCGGGUGUUUCGACCGACAAACUCGUAGAAUGCCACGGACACUUCCGRUCGUCCUCGUGCGUGGCGUGCGGUGCAAAGAUGCCCACCGGGGAGUGCAGGGACUCGAUGGUCGCGCAAGRAAAAGCUCCGAGGUGCGGCGAGUGCGGAUCGCUGGUCAAGCCGGACAUUGUCUUCUUCGGGGAAGAAAUGCCCCAGCGGUUCUGCGAGCGGAUCGACGGCGACGUCGCGGGAUGCGAUCUGCUGCUGGUCCUCGGAACGAGCCUCAUGGUCAUGCCGGUGGCGGGCAUCCCGUCGUGGGUCGCCCCGGAUUGCCCACGGGUGCUGCUCAAUCGGGAGAGGGUGGGUGGCAUCGGCGGCGGGAGAGGGAGCCGAACCAGCGAUCUGUUUCUGGAGGGCGACUGCGACGACAGCGUGCGGAAAUUGUGCGACCUGGCGGGCUGGACCGAGGACCUCGAACGCCUCGGGGGGGUGCAUUAACCAAACCAAACGAAGCGAAGCGAAUCGAAACGAAACGAAGCGAAGCGAAGCGAAACCAACAAUGUUCUUCUUCGGGUCGUUGCCUUCAAAAAGACCGUUUUUACUCUGGUUUGGACGACGACGAAAUCGAUGCUGUUCCGCUAUGCAGCUGCGCUGA